CGCAGCGGCGGGAAGGGGCGGGCAGAGGAGGGGAGGCGGGCAGGCGGGCCUCUCUCUCCUCCGCGGGGGCACUCAGGUUUGCGGCCAGGGGCGGGUGAGGCCUUGCUGGCAGGAGCUGCCUGUGCAACGGGGCGAGAGGCGACAGCGGCUGCGGGGCUGCCUGGGCUUGCCAAAACGCGGCAGCGAGGGCUCCCCCGCUUCGCCCCGCCCCGCCCCGGCAGCGUACCUGCAGGUAGGCAGCGGCGGGGACUCCGCGGGGAGCUGGCCCGUCCUGAGGGAACCCGCCUGCCCGUGAGGUGGCUCAGCCCGACGUGGUGCCUCCCGGGGAAAGCCAGAGCAGGGGACAGAGCAGGGGUGGUGUGAAAUCUGCUUUGGCAGGUCACCGCUUUCCUCUGCGCCUGGCGUGGCUCGGUUGUGAGAGAAACCGACAGAGCGGCGUUUCCGCGGAGUUAAGCCGUGCCCCCCGGGUCUGGCGGGUCUCCUGCGAGCACCCCAGCCUCCCUCCAUCCCCGUCCCCUUCCCCGCAGCGCCGUUCCCGAGCCUCUGCGGAGCUGCAGCCCCUUUCCAGGGACCGUUUCCAGGGACACGCGUGAAGAGCUUCAAUGAAGAGUAUUGGGAAAUGAUUUCCUGCCGACACUGGUGAGGGAUGUCAGCGGAUCGCAGGAAAACGGCUGUCGAGAUAGUGUCGGUGCUGUAACUACAUCCCAGCUCUCCAGUACUGGUUAGAUCAAAACUGAGGCACUUGAUGAUGUUCUCUUGAAGAGGCACAGCGUACCUUGCAGUUAAUAGAAGCGUUUAAGGGUAAAGCUUUAUGAACAUGGCCUCAGAUACAUGGAACUUUUUUUCUUCUGGAAAAUUUGGGCAAAGAUAACUCCAGCUGAGUUCUGUCCUGAGUAGCAAAGCUCUACACAUUGAUUGCAGGCUCAAGAUGUGGGCAAAAUGGCUGGGAAAAGGGAGAAAUGUACUUGUUUAUCAUGGCAGAAUAUGGUGGGAAAAGCACUUGCACUCGAUAUUUGUUAUUUUCAUCAUUAAUUAUGUGAAUGCAUGCAAAUAGCAAAGCCUAAUUUUGCCGCUGCGUAUACGUUCUGCAGAACUGGAAGUUUAUUCUUCAUGAAGUCAGACAAGAAGGAAUCUCCUCCUUCAGGAACAGUUCAUGUGUGUGGUUUGACACAGGGCUUUAUAUAUUUGCAGGUCUUCCAUGUUGGCAAAAGGGCAAGUUCUAAACUUAAAGGGAUAGAAAGUACAUUGCAUUUAUAGAGAAGCAGGUUUCUGGAAGACUUUCCAUCAGAACAUGGCAAAAUAACUGCUGCUGCAUGUCCUGAAUCUACUGCUGGGGCAAAAAACCUGCUUGAGAGAGCAUGUGUGAGUCAGAACACUAGAGUCGAGUAAUGCUGUAAUGGAACAGAACUAAUGAAAAAACAGUGAUUUGGAGAAGUCGUAAAGAAAAUGCCGAGUCAUAAGCGGAGCUUGUUCAGUCCUUUGUUCAGUCCUGUUUUCACUUUAUUUCCAUUAUAAUGUUUUAAUCUAUUUUAAAAUUGAAAAGCAGAGAUUUUCAGAGUUACUGUCUGUCACAAUUAGUGAAGGUUGGAGCUUUUGUACAGACACCCAUAGCCCCCCUCCCGUGAAUUUAAAGUUUUAUGUAUUCCUUCUUAUGCUCAGCAUUCUUGCAGGGACUCAUACCUUCUUGCAGCUAGGCAAGAGAAGACCUGCCUGGUAGUUUGAAUGAAGUUUGCAGAGGGAGGAGGGGAGAGAAGGGCAAGAAGGAAGCAAGCAGGCACUGCAAGCAGCAGUGUGGGUGACUCAAUAUAUGGCACACUUCUGAGCCAGUUUGGUGAAGUAAGACACAGCAGCCGGAAGUGUCGUCUUUGACUAUUGCAGAAAUUGGCGAUUGGCUGAAGAUUCUUCGCAACAGGAUAGGGUUCUCCUACUUAUCCUUCGGUUUGAGUAAUUGCAUUUGUCCUUUCACAGUACUGUAAAAACUGGUAGGCUGAGUAGGAAAAAAAAAAUAAGGCAGUAAGGCAGGCCCAGUUAAGGAACAACUUGUCAGAGGCAGGCAACUAAUAGAUCCUUCUCCAAAAAUUCUGGAGAGACAAUAGACAAUUCGGGCAUAAAAAACCCCUAUAGGAUAGGUUAUGGGAAGAUAUGAAUAUGGCAAGGGAAAACAAACAAAUAAAAAUUUUUGUGUUUGUGUUCGUCCUGGAAGAGCAUGGAUUUUGGUAUCUUUUCGUAUGGUUUAUCUUCCAUGGAAGGGUCUGUGUCAAAUUGAAGAGUCAGUCCUGGCAGUUAGAGAAUAAAAUGAUCCAUAAUAAAGCACCACGAUUGGCUGAUACUCUUGUGUUCUUUUGUAGUAAAUGUUUCAUUUAAAGCAGCUUUGGGACCAACAGAUCAGAAAGUGAUUAAUGGGUUCUUCAUCUUCUGCAAGUGAUCAAAAGAGAACCAGGAAAAUAGAGACCAGUGAGCCUGGUAUCUGCAGCAGGCAGCUGGGAAGGCAUUGCUUUAAAUAAUGGAACCAGUGGAAAUGAAGGGAAAUAUGACAGCAAAAACAUUGGGUUUGUGUAAUAUCAGAACAGCAUUUCUGUUUUUAAUUAUUGCAGGUAAGUUUGUUGGUGGCUAUGGAAGGUCUUGUUCUGAAUUGAUUCACGCAAAGAAGUGUGAAGCCUAUGAUGUGAUGUUGAGGCAAAGUCUUGUGCUUAAUGGGCAGCCUCUUGCUAUUAAAUGUUCACUGGAAAAGAGCUUGAGAAGUGAAGACUACAACUUAACAUGGUAUAAAGUUGGUAACCAGACAGCUGUACCUAGAGACAAACUUUCUAGAAUUCAUCAGCAGAAGAAUUUAAUUUGGUUUCUUCCUGCGAUGUUAGAAGAUUCUGGAGAUUAUGAAUGCGUCAUAAGGAACUUGACAAGCUGCUGGAGAAUGUGUACAAAAGUAACGGUUUUUGAGAGGACCGAUGGUUUAUGCUUAAAUGAAAAAUUUGCUGUAGGGGAGCUGAUAUUUACAUUAUCAUCUGCAAAGGUUGUGUGCCCACACUUGGAUCAUUUCAGGAACGAGAAGAAUUUUCAGCCUGUUCGUUGGUACAAGGACUGCCAGCUGCUGGAAGGGGAAAGGUUUGCCUUCUCAAACAGCGAUCUUAUAAUUUUCAAUGUGACUGUACAUGAUCAAGGAAACUAUACGUGCGAAACAACAUAUACCUGCAAUGGAAAACAGUAUAACAUUUCACGAGACAUCAGUCUGACUGUAGAAGUGAGCCCACCGAAAAAGCCCCCUGAAAUAUCUUAUCCAAGAAACAACUCCAUUGAAGUGGAACUUGGCUCACAGGUUACAGUGGAUUGCAAUACAACAGGUGCUGAUGGGUAUGAGGUGUUUUGGACAAGCAGUGGUGUGUAUAUUGAUGUAUUUUUUAUGAACAGAAUUUUUGCAAGUCCCUAUGAGGAGGAAACUUCUUACGAUGGCCGCCCUGCACAUUCUGUGAAGCUAGUAAUUUUGGAAGUGAAUAGUGAAGAUUAUGAACAACCAUUUGUCUGCCAAGCUUCAAAUGCCUUUGGGCAGGUUGCAUCCUAUAUUAUAUUAAAACACAGAGCUCCUGACAUACAGAGGUGGCUGACUGGAGGCCUUCUCUCUCUGUUAAUUUUAACAUUUAUCACUUUCAUAAUCUACAAGAUUUUCAAGAUUGACUUGGUGCUUUGGUACCGUAAUUCUGUCUGUGCCUUUAUGAGUAAGGAAGAUGGGAAAAUCUACGAUGCAUGUGUCCUGUACACAAAAAGCAGUGGAAGCAGAAGUUUCUAUCGCCUGGAAACCUUUGUUCAUAGAAUACUCCCUGCUAUUUUAGAACAACAAUGUGGAUAUAAUCUCUUUAUAUUAGGAAGGGAUGAUUUACCAGGAGAAGCUGUGGUCAGUGUUGCUGAUGAAAUCCUUAAGCAAAGCAGAAGACUGAUGAUUAUUUUGGGAUCAGAAACAUCUGAUUGCUGCCUGUUAGAAGACACCACUGAACAACAACUAGCUGUGUAUAAUGCUCUCAUCCGUGAUGGGAUUCAAGUGAUUCUUAUAGAAAUGGAUGAAAUACCGGACUACACAAGCAUGCCGGAAUCAAUCAGAUACAUUAAGCAAAAACAUGGAGCUAUCCGAUGGAAAGGGGACUUCUCAGAGAAAUCUUGUUCAGCAAGUGCACAAUUCUGGAAAAAUGUGCGGUAUCAGAUGCCAUCCAGGAAAAAGAUACCUUAUUCUGAGGUGUAUUUGUUGCCCCUGACUUUGAACCAUUCUGCAGCAAAGGGAAGUUAAGAUGCACUUAUUAAAAUAAUACUGAGAAGGUAAUUCUGAAAUGCGUAUUUUGUUUGGGGACUUUGUUUGGUUUGGUUUUCUUUUACGCAAAUUCUUCAUAUUAAAAAGUAAAUGUUUUCUUCAAGGAGUAAAAAGUACGCAUCUCUUCCUCAAAUUACAACCUAAAAGAAAAGCUCUGUGCAACCUUAUUGCUGUUCUGAGUUUUGGGUAGUGACACAAUUUGUUGUGUUACUCUCACACAGAUAAAAGAAGCAAAUGUUGCUGAUAGUGGUAGGCUAUUAAGUAGUUGUGGCCCACGUAAAUGUAAGAGCCACUGACAAAGCAGCUGUGAAAUCAACUUUUUAAAAUUGAAACUGCAGUUGAUAAUCUGUUUCUGUCAGCAUUCUUCUAGUUAUUCUGUUCCUUGUUGCCUCUCUGUGAUUGUCUGAAUUCCUCAUAACUGCAAGAAACUUCACUGUGCAAGCUUUGAGGUCCCCUCCUGAGCAAUAAGGCCUUAUCCUUGCUUCUUGAAGGCACUGAGGAAUUACAUGAUAUAGCAGGUAUAUUUAAAACUCCUCACAACACUAAAUGUGUUUCAGCUGAACAGUUGGCACCAGAUGUAUUUAGCAAAUGGAAUGGUAUCCAUGGCUUUUUAGACAUUUAUUGAAUAAUUCUGUGAUAUCUGGUCUAUGGGGUGUUUCUAAACUUAGUCUCUUGAAAUGGUCAGGAAACUGAAAAUACUUCAGAUUUCUUGCAGGGCUCCAGCCUUGAAGAGUAUCAUCUGAAUGCAAAUGUGAAUUCUGCUUGCCUGUUUUUUUUUUUUGUUGUUGUUGUUCUUUCCAACCCAAACCAUUCCAUGCGUCUAUGAUUUAGUAUGAUUAUGUAGGCAUUUUAGUAUUCUUGUGUGAAAAUGAGUGUGGGAGAAAGGUUUCAGUUAUUGUGGUUAAUUGUUAGCUAACUACUUGAAUGUAGCAUGACAUGAAGUGGCUUAUCCUUCUAUCAUGGGACUUUAUUUUAAAGCUGAAUUUUGUCUCUGUUUUCUCCCCUUGGAAACUUUUUUUUGCAAUUCACAUAGGAAAACACACUAUUUUUUGUGGUAAUAUAAAAAAUCUCAUUGA